GGUUUAUCGAUUAACUGGUAAAUCGGCUUGCCAUACCUGACAUCAUUCAGAAAUCUCUUCGCCAGAAGAAAAAAAAAAGUGACGUAGAAGCCAACAUGGCGGCUCCCCGCUCCACGAUGAAAUUUUGGAAGCCGGGGUCUGAGGCUCCGGGGAUCUCAGAGGAACGGGAUCUGAGCUCGGAGACCACCGGAUCCCCCAUCAUCUUCAAUCCAAACACAGCCCUCUCUAUAGAGAAGCAGCGGCAAAAGCUUCCAGUUUUUAAGCACAGAAACAACAUAUUAUACCUGGUUGAAAGCUUCCAGACUGUUAUUAUAGUUGGGGAGACCGGAUGUGGAAAGACAACACAGAUCCCUCAGUACCUGCUGGAGGCUGGCUGGGCCGCGGAGGGGAAAGUGAUUGGAGUGACGCAGCCUCGACGUGUGGCUGCUAUCUCGGUUGCUAACCGUGUUGCGGAGGAGCGAGGUGCCCUGCUGGGACACGAGGUGGGCUACACCAUCCGGUUCGAUGACUGCUCUGACCCCCAAGCCACCAGGAUUAAGUUUCUCACAGAUGGAAUGCUUGUGCGAGAAAUGAUGGCAGACCCUCUUUUAAAAAGAUACAGUGUGUUGAUGUUGGAUGAAGCACAUGAGAGAACUCUGUACACAGACAUAGCCAUUGGGCUACUGAAAAAGAUUCAAAAGAAGAGGCGGGACCUGAGGGUGAUAGUUGCCUCUGCCACUCUUGAUGCCAAGAAAUUCCAUGAGUUCUUCAACCUGAAUGAGUCUGGGGAUCCCAACAAGGACACUUGUGGAAUCCUGACAGUAGAGGGACGUACUUUUCCAGUGGACAUCUUCUACACUGUCAGUCCAGUCCCAGAUUAUGUGAAGGCCACAGUGGAGACGGUGAUGAAGAUUCAUGAGAUGGAAGAUGAUGGGGACGUUCUUGCUUUCCUCACUGGGCAGGAAGAGGUGGAGAAGGUGGUGUCCCUCCUGCAAGAACAAGCCAGAGCUCUUUCUCGAUAUGGUAUGAAGAAACACCUGAGAAUCUUGCCCAUGUACUCUGGUCUACCCUAUGCAGACCAAAUGAAAGUCUUUGAAAGGGCUCCCCCUACUGUUCGCAAGAUUGUGGUGGCCACAAACAUAGCUGAGACGUCUAUCACCAUAAACGGUAUCAUGUUUGUCAUCGACUGUGCAUUUGUGAAGCUACGGGCCUACAAUCCUCGCACUGCCAUUGAAUCUCUGGUGGUCACUCCCAUCUCAAAGGCCUCAGCCAGCCAGAGAGCUGGGAGGGCAGGACGAAACCGACCUGGGAAGUGCUUUAGGCUAUAUACAGAGGAGGACUACGAGAAGCUACCUGCUGCUACCGUUCCAGAGAUGCAACGCUCUAAUUUAGCCCCUGUAAUCCUGCAGCUCAAAGCAUUGGGGAUAGACAACGUUCUGCGCUUUAGCUUCCUUUCUCCUCCUCCAGCCCAGACUAUGGUUCAGGCUCUGGAACUUCUUUACGCUCUUGGAGGUUUGGACCAUUACGGCCGUUUGACUGACCCCAUGGGUGUGCGGAUGGCGGAGUUUCCUCUCAGCCCCAUGUUUGCUAAGAUGCUCCUAGAGUCUGGAAACUUUGGCUGCUCCAAAGAGAUAGUUACCAUAGCUGCCAUGAUGCAGAUCCAGAAUAUAUUUGUUGUGCCUCCGAAUCAGAAGAAAGAUGCCGCUCGUGAACACAGGAAAUUUGCAGUCGCUGAGGGAGACCACCUCACUAUGCUGAAUGUAUAUGAGGCAUUCAUUAAGCAUCAGAAAAGCUCCCAAUGGUGUCAGGAGCAUUUUCUUAAUUACAAAGGUCUUGUCCGCGCCGUCGCAGUAAGAGAGCAGCUUCGCCGUCUCAUGAACAAAUUUAAAGUGCCACGAACUUCCAGUGAAGGUGACCCAGAUGUGAUCUUGAGGUGUAUUGUGUCUGGAUUCUUUGCUAAUGCUGCUCGCAUUCAUCACUCUGGCUCCUAUCGAACUUUACGAGAUGAUCUUGAACUUCACAUUCAUCCCAGCUCUGUGCUGUAUGGAGAGAAGCCUCCGAAGUGGGUCGUCUUUAACGAAGUGAUGCAAACCUCAAAAUACUACAUGCGUGAUGUGACUGCUGUGGAGUCAUCCUGGCUGGUGGAGUUGGCCCCUCAUUUUUACAAGCAGGCUAAGCAUGGUUCGCUGGCCAGCAAGAGAUCUAGAGUCCUCUGAAUAAACCAUCCGCAGAAACCCAAAGGGAAAGCAAGACAGAGUUGUUACUGUGCUCCCAUCCAUUCUCAUUGUAUAUAUGAAGAUAUGAUGUAUAUUUGUUGUUCAUGUCAAACCUAUACAGCUCUUCACACUGUGGCGGUGCUACGAUAGAGUUAGUGUCAGCACUUGUUAAUUUUCUAGCGGGUUUGUUUGUUUACAUAGAAACGAAUGUUUAAGGAGGCCAGGCUGGGCCUGAAUGGCACCCGUUAGAGCAUUUGGUUCACUCAUACCACUAGAAAUAUAUUCUAUACUCAAAGCAGGCUCAGGUUCAAGCUUUAGCUCCUGUGCCACAGGCCCAAUCACACCUGGCUUCAGUAUUUUUUUACAGAUAUGUUGUAGAAGAAAUAUUGAAUGACGAUAGACUGUGAAUUGUUUCCCAAUCAUUGAUUCUUUUUUUUUUCCUCCAGUAUUUUUUUCCCCAUCAUGUUCUUCUUUUAAAUUGGUUAUCUUCACUUUGAUUUUGCCCUGUUGAAUUACUGUCAUGUUGACCUACAGAUUUUAUUUCAGGGUUUUUCUUUAUAUUUUUCAUCAGCAUCGGGCUCUCUUGAUACUGUGAAGAAGCUCCAGUAUAGCUCAGAUUUAGUGGCCUUUUCACCACACUGUGCCGAUUGUUUUUUUGUUUUUAAACAGCCUCUAUGACAUUUCACUUUCAGAGGAAAUAUGUAAAUACUCCCAGAAUAUAUGUAUCGCUGUGAAACUAAAUUAAAAAAGAAGUGCCAUUUAGGAGUGCUGUGAUGACAAAAAAGCAUUUAGAGACACAACCAGGAAUUUAGCCAUAGCAAACAACUAUACACACAGUUUUUUUUUUUAAGUGUCUUAAUUUAUGCUUGGUUAUAAUAUUUUAUUAACCUGUAAACAUUCCAUGUCAUCUGCAUGAACCUCAUUUUUGUCAUAUUUUUGCUCGGACCCUUAAAGCUUUACUUCACUAAGUCCACUGCUGGAAUGGCACAAAUAUUGAUAUGUCUACCUUUUUGUCAUUUACAUGGUGGAAACUGUCUUUAGACUAGUUCAGUAAAUCCGUAAAGACACCAAAAACAGAUAAGAUGCACUCAAACCUAUUAGAUUAUAGGAUCAAGUACAAAUGCAUGUUAAAUGGUACUCUUACAAAGACCUAUUCACUUUGUGGUUGUAUUCCAAGACAAACCUGUUACAUUAUUGAGCAUCCUCCUUUGUGCAGAUGCACAUGUAAGGCAGCAAACAGUAGUCGUGUGUAGCAGUUUAACUCUGAGAGUAAAACCACCAUCUGUCCUUUUCCUGUGACACUCUACAAUAAAGCCUUAUUGUCAUACACUUAA